AUGCAACCUCAGGAAUCCUACAAACUGGCGUCGAUACCUUUCAGAUUCAAAGCCGGAGGCAACGGCAACAUGCCUUCAAGUGUUCAAGGCCACUCGCAUAGGAGCACCACCAAGGGGACUCAGAAGGCGUUCAAGUCCAGGAAGACAACCAAGGGCGCAUUGAAGGAAAUCGCGAAGGGAAAACUUGCAGAUCUGAGCCACCGAAAGUCUCCCCACCAGCAGCUCAUGUCCAAGUUCGACCGUCGAAACCAAGCCCGACAGAAGCAACUUACCAAACACAAGGAGCAUCUAAGAGAGACCAGUAUCUUCGCAGGCCGAGAUGGAGCGCCGAGGAUAGUCGCUGUGAUUCCAUUGUGCGAAGAUGGAGACGCUUCUGCGGCGGUGCGACAGCUGAGUGGAAGCCUGGAUAUCGAGGCCGAGGUACCAGAGGAAGGGUUGUUGCGAACGGACAUCGAUCGCUUCAAGCAGAAAGUGCAGUAUGUGAUGGUUAAGCGGGACUUGGUAGCAUGUCUGGAUGCUGGAAGAGUGGCAGACUUUGUUAUCUUCAUACUUUCGCCGGACCAAGAGGUGGAUGAGUUGGGCGAGCUCAUUAUCAGAAGUGUAGAGAGCCAGGGUCUUUCCACUCUUUUGACUGUUGUUCAAGGGCUGGACAAAGUAGAGCCACCCAAGCGGAGACCCCAAGUAUUGGCUUCUCUGAAGUCGUACGUUACGCAUUUCCAUCCGGAUCAGGAGAAGGUACACAACUUGGACUCGCGACAGGAAUGCGCCAACCUCAUGCGAUCUUUAUGUACGACUACACCCAAGGGCGUCAGGUGGAGGGAGGAAAGAAGUUGGAUGCUUGUGGAUGAUGUCAAAUGGCCGGAGAAUGAGCAUGGUUGUGUUAUUUUGACUGGUGUCAUCAGAGGCCGCAGCUUGCAACCAGACAGGUUGGUUCAAGUUGGCGACUGGGGCGACUUCCAAAUUGAGAAGAUAACUGCUGCACCACUGAACUCGAAGAAGCGACGACAAGACGAAACGGCGAUGGACGAAAGCGACAUGGAGAUUGUGCUAGCUACGCCAACAGAGGACCAGGAUGAUACCGCUGAUUUGGCCCCCGAAGAAGCUAUGAUGGACGAUGACAUCGAUGCGACGAUGUCAGUAGCGACAACAGACAAGCGAGGAGUGCUUUUGGAUGACCACCAUUAUUUCUCAGACGACGAAACUCACUUGCCUGCCAAGCCAAAAAGAUUACCGAAGGGAACUUCGAAUUAUCAAGCUGCGUGGUAUUUGGGGGACACUUUCUCCGAUUCUGGAUCUGAUAUUGAGGAUGUGGAUGAUCAAGGAGAUGUGUCAAUGGAUGCCCCAGCAUUGCCGCAAGAUGGAGUUGAAGGACUUGCACCGAGAGAACCAACAGAGUUUGCGCCAACAGAAUACGCCAAAUCUGAAAUGUUCCUGGAUCCGACACCUGACGAUGAAGCUGAGGCGGAGCAACUUGCUGCCUUCAGAAAUCGUAAGGUCGACGAAGCAGAGGAUGAUCGCGAGUUCCCGGAUGAGAUUGAGUUACAUCCCCAUGUCCUUGCUCGAGAGCGUCUGCUUAAAUACCGCGGACUGAAGAGCUUGCGCACAAGUCACUGGGAAGAAGCAGAGGAUAGAGCUUACGAGCCGGAGGACUGGAGACGACUGCUCCAAGUACCUGAGUAUAAGAAAGCCAGAAGUCAAGUCACCCGUGAAGCUCUGGUCGGCGGCGUCGUAGCUGGUGCUCGUGUGCACAUCUAUCUCCGUAACGUUCCUACUUCUCUACAAGCAACUCAUAACCCGUCUCGCCCACUCAACCUCUUCUCCCUCCUCCGCCACGAGCAGAAGCGCGCCGUCCUCAACUUCAGCCUCACCCUCAACUCCGACUACACAACAUCCGUCCGAUCCAAAGAGGAAAUGAUAAUGCAAUGCGGCCCCCGCCGCUUCAUCAUCAACCCCAUCUUUUCCCAAGGUGGCAACACCUCCAACGACGUCCACAAAUUCGACCGAUUCCUACACCCCGGGCAAUCCACAAUCGCAAGCUUUGUCGCACCCCUUACGUGGGGAUCCGUGCCUGCUCUUUUCUUUAAACGCAAUAUCCCUAGCGAAGCAUUUCCCUCACCCCUCCCCUUCACCCUUAUCGGAACCGGAACAUCGAUGGCUCCCUCCUCCUCUCGCGUGAUCGCCAAGCGCAUCAUCCUCACGGGUCACCCGUACAAGAUCCACAAGAAGCUUGUGACAAUCCGCUACAUGUUCUUCAACCGCGAGGAUGUGGAAUGGUUCAAGGCUUUGCAAUUGUGGACGAAGCGCGGCAGAAGUGGGUUUAUCAAGGAAAGCCUGGGUACGCACGGAUAUUUCAAGGCUACAUUUGACGGGAAGAUUAAUCCACAGGAUUCGGUGGGGGUGAGUCUGUACAAGCGCAUGUGGCCGCGGAAUGCAAGGGCUUGGAAGGCGGAGGAGGAGGAAUCUGUGCCGCAGCUUGUGGGUGAGGGGGAUGUGGCUAUGGAGGUUGAUGAACGGGGUGGAGUUCCGGUCUAA